ACCAACACUUCAAACACACCCCCGACGGCUGCACACAUACAAAGACAUGGAGGCCGUGAACAGAGGCGGCAGGAUCCUUCUCGGUCUGGAAGUCAAUCUGGUUCUAUUUUAUGUCGGUGCUGUGGGUGCCUGUAUUGUCUCUGUCAUGCAGCCACGUUACCUAGAGGUGGACUACACUCACAAGGCUGUCACCAUAGAGUGCACCUUCUCCACAACUGAAUGCCCUUCCGAGCACCCAAUGAGCCUGUGGUUUCGCUAUGGCGCUCACCAGCCUGAGAACCUGUGCUUGGAUGGAUGCAGAAGUGAGAAGGACAAAUUCACAGUGGGGGAAGCCCUGGCCCAGAACCGAGUUUCUCUCACUGUCAACAGGGUGACAUCAAAUGACAGUGCAAUUUACAUCUGUGGCAUAGCAUUUCCUAGCGCAGUGACACCGAGAGCUAAGCAAACUGGAGGAGGGACCACACUGGUGGUAAGAGAAAGUAAGCUUCUCAGCAAGGAGCUGCAGAGUGCCCUGACCGUGCUCUUGGUGCUGCUGUCCACCUACACUGCUGGGGUAUGUGUGGUCUUCACAGUUCUCUCCAAAUCGAAAACUAACAUUCUGAGAAACAAAGAAACAAGAGAAGAUUCACAAAAGAAGAAAAGCGCUCGGCGUAUUUUUCAGGAAAUUGCUCAAGAACUAUACCAUAAGAGAUACACAGAAACAAGCCCACAACCUGAGAAAGACAAUACUUAUGAAAACAGAGGAGCACUUUCCAACUGUGAAAGGCCAUAGACACAUUUUCAUUUUCAAUUAAGUCACUGAAAAUCCAACUCCAGAAGCUAUGGACAUGCACCAAUCAAAAACAAUUGAAGGUAAAAGGAAAAGACAACUGGCUGCAAAAGAGGAGGCCAGAGUAUAAGGAACAACGACUAAUUACAACUAAUAGUAAUUACCAAAAUACUAAAACCCAACAAAAUGCAACUGAAAAGAAAAAAAUUCUAAGCAGCCUCAUCAGAUUAUAGGCAUGUAUCUUCAAAAAAUUUUCUAACAUGUAUCCUAUGUCUGUUUCAUUCAACAUGUUAAUAAGUGUGUGAUGGCUAUCACCCUGAAGAUUUGAAGUCAACGACAUGACUCAAUCCUGAGUGGAAGAAAUGUCUUUGUGGGUAGUAGAAAUGAUGGAACAAUUAGCAUCAGCUGGGAGAGAUAAAGAGAGGGAGAAAUAUGCUGAAAUUUGAGUCCAAGGAAUUUGAAAAGUACCUUGGAGCAAAAAUUAUUUCUUCUAAUACUGUUAAUGAGGCAAUGGAAAAAUACACAUUUUCCUACCAGGGUAUGUAAACUAAAUAUCAUGCUACCAACAAAAAGUGAGAACAGAGAACAGAAUAAGAAUAUAAAUGCCAAAACAUGGAAAACGCAAAAGCAGAAUGUUAAACAGAGAAAACCUCAGAAGAAAUAAGCCACAACUGACUCUAGAUGUCAGUGUUGUGCCAAAGAAGAGUACCUUGGAAGGCUACAUACUGCUCCACACAAGGACCUCUGCAAUACUGAUUUCUGACCAAUUCAGGAGGGAAAUAGCAGACACUGAACUGGUACAGCAAACACGUUAUGGAUUUCAUUAAAAUUGCACUAAGAAAACAGGAUAUGAAUUGUUCUUUGACAGCUACUUAGUGUAAACAAUAUAAAGUACCAGCAUGUUUUUAUUAUUAAACAUGAAUUAUAAUGUAUUGUUUGUUUCAUUAAAGUGUUUAUUUUAAACUAGCAUUAAAUGAAGCAUAUUCUUUUUAUAACCAAGAUAUAAUUUUUAAAUAUUUUAAGAUUCCUUUGGAAGCAUUUUACACUGCUUAAAUCAGUGAUAUCAAACCUUUCUGAUAACACGAGCCCAGAAAAAUAGAAAAGGGAGAGGAUGAAGCAUGUAGCCUCAUUUUACUUGUAUGUAUAUGUGUGUGCACGUAUAUGUUGUGUAGGUGCAUGCUGUGUGUAGCAUAUGCAUGUGUGUGUAUAUGUGUUUGUA